AUAUUUUAAAUAUCCUUGGAAACAAUUAGUUGUUUAUAAGUGUCAUCAUCAGAAGCCGUCACAAAGUUCUGUUUCAUUUAUACUUUAACUCCUCGUCCCGUUCGAAGAAAGCCAUGUAUAAAAUGGACACGACCUUCUCCGCAUUACUAAUCGUUUUUCUGCUUUGUGGCACCCAAGGAAAAACCACUAUAAAGCCUACAUCCAUUGGGUUACCUCCAGUCCAUGAUAUGUUGUUGAAUUUUAUUCCUCAGGAUAAAAUACGCGAUAUCGAACAAGCCCAUUUGAACGAUGAUGAUGGCUUUAAAGCCGCUGUUUUGUAUUUGCAAGGCGCAGAAUGGAAAGCUCUCGUCAGCUCGGUACUGAAUAGUACAGAAUUUGGCAAAUUUUCUGAUAUGGCUCUAAAGUAUAAACUGAAUAUCAGCCAAGCAAUCAAUUGCUUGGGAACUUACAUUCAAUCGUUGAAAGUGGUAUCAACGAAGAUAACUUCAAAGCCCAACUUGGAACCAUUUAUUCUCGAUAUCCAAAAAGCUCUACCGAUAGGAGAAAUGAUCAAGGCUUUGGGAUACAAAGAUAAUCCAGAAGCUAAAAGAGUUAUUGAAGAAAUUGGCACCAAAGAAAAUCAGAAAAUCGCCGAAGACUUACACAACCUUCCAGCAAUGGUAAAAAUGCGCCAGAUCCUGAAGGAUAUGAACUUCGAUGUUGAACCUUACAUUUCGCUUGUGUACGCAUUUCUAGGAUGGGUUCACUAGUUUAUGAUUUUCGUUCUUGUUUAACUUUGCGUUACUCUUUAUCAGAGUUUCACUUAUAUAUUAGUCAGUUUUCAAUAAAGUUGUAAAGUAAU